AAAAGACUAGAGUUACACACGGCCCCCCUGGCUUCCGGUUUUGUUUGAAAACUCCAUAGAUCUUUUCUUAGAGUGCCUUUUCAGGAAUCCUCCUUGUAAAUCAGAAACAUCUCUUGAGGAAUGGCCUUGGGAUAUUGGUAGCUUUUGUCUUGGCGAAGAAAGAAUAGCAGGGAUCAACCCCUCGAACCUCAAGGCUGGGUCAUCCUCUUUUGGGAGGGUAUGUAAGACAAGUCAGUAAGGCAGUUUGCGAGGAUUUCUGUCAGGAAUCGACUUGACAGGAAAACCACCACUUGGUCUCUAGUUCUGGAUUUGUGGGGAUACAGCCAGGAGUGACUGUGAUAAAGGAGCAAAUGUCAGCAGGCCCAGAACGAGAAGAGGAAACCGAAGGAGCAGCAAUCCAAAUAGUUAAUCCUGAAGAUAUGGCAGAGCAGCCCAGAUGGAGAACGUGGCGAGAGGGCAGAGAGGAGCCCCGCUGGGAAGCCCAGUGGCAGGAAUUCUUGGGGGGGAUGGAUUCCCCUCAUGUGGAGUGGAGGAAGGAGUCCAGCCCCUGGGAGGAUGCCAAGUCUUUCUUGGCCUCCUUUGAGCAAGUGGCCAUAGCCUGUCAGUGGCCCAGGGAAGAAUGGGUGGCCCGGCUUCUGCCAGCACUGAGUGGAGAAGUCCAGCAAGCCUUUAGCAGCCUGGAAGCCAGAGACAGGGAGGAUUAUGGGAAAGUGAAGGUAGCCAUCUUGCGUGGGGAAGCCAACCGCAUGGAAACGCUGCGCCAGCACUUCCGGCAGUUCCGCUUGAGGGAGGUGGAAGACCCGCGCCGGAUUUACAGCCAGCUGCAGGAGCUUUGUUGCCGGUGGCUGAGGCCAGAGAGGCACUCGAAGGAGCAGAUCCUGGAGUUACUGAUCCUGGAGCAGUUCCUGGCCAUCCUGCCACCGGAGCUGCAGAGCUGGAUCAGAGCUGGAGAACCGGACACUUGUGCCCAGGCCGUGGCCCUGGUGGAGGAUUUCCUCAUGAGCCAGCAAGAGGCUGAAGCAGAGAAAUGGCAGAAGGUCUGCUUGGGUUCCCCAGACGUAGAAGAGGAGUCCUCCGAUGCUGCGCCGAGAGAGAUCUAUGAAGUUGCCAAGCAGAAUGGGGAGGCAGAGAGCAGUUUGUUGGGCAGAGGAACCAAUUGCCUGGAUCGCUCUAGUCCAUCGCUUUCUCCGGAAGUACAGGAAGUGGCCGGAACCGAGCAGACAGAGGAACUGAUGAACCUCAAGGAGACAGGCGUGGCUGUGCAUGUAAUUGAGCAGAGCCCAGCAGAGCUUGGCCCAAGGACCAUGUUUUGGCAAGUCCUGCGGGAAGAUGGAGAAAAUGUCGAUUCCUUGGAGGGACUUUUAGUUCCCAAACCUGACCUCCUUUCUGAUCCAGAAAAAGAGGAAGUGAUGUUCAUCCCAUUUCCAGAGGAAGGAGAUAGACUCACAGGCAGACCUUCAGGCGGCAGGAAAGGUAUUAAGCUUAAGGUGAAGAAUUCACAGUGCGGCGAAACCGAACCAGAGGAAACGGUGCUGGAUUUAACCCAGGAGUUGGCGACGACAGAGGAGAUUCAAGAGCAAAGAUACACAUUCAAAAGGCUGCCCGGAAGAAAGUUCACGAAAGGAAAGAAUGAACCCAGUGACUUUGCAGGAAUUCACACGGCUGCCGAUAGUGAAACUGCACUGCGUGAGGGUUCUAACCUGCCCUUGGCGUCCAAAUAUGGGAGACGAUACCACUACAAAUCAGGACUUGUUAUGAUCCACCCUGGAGAGAACUCCUACGAGUGCCCUGUGUGGGGGGGAGAAUUCCAGCAAAAACCGUACCUUCCUAAUGAGCAGAGAAGCUGUCCGGGAGUUGGUUUCUCUGAAGGCUGGAGGAAUUUGCACCAGGGAGAUGCACUGUUUCGGCAUCCAAGCGCCUAUACAGUGGAGAACACCUACGAGUGCUCAGAAUGUGGGAAAAACUUAUCUUGUAGAAGAACACUUAAGGCUCAUAAAAGAAUCCACACUGGAGAGAGACCCUAUGAAUGUUCCUAUUGUGGGAAAUUCUUCAGCCACAGCAUGAAUUUGAAGCGGCAUCAGAAACUUCACACUGGUGAGAGCCUUUAUGAAUGCCCCGACUGCGGCAAAAACUUUUACCGGCGAGAUAAAUUCAUCGAGCAUCAGAGGAUUCAUACAGGGGAGAAACCUUAUGGGUGUCUUCAGUGUGGGAAAAGCUUUAGCCACAGGGGCACACUGGUUAGCCACCAGAGAAUCCAUAUAGGACAUUGACAGAGCUUAGACUGUAAAAGUUAAUUUUUCGUCAGAAACUCUCCAAUAGAAAAUCUCACUGGUAUGCUCCUGAGACUCCAAGAUGUAGAAAAGGCUUUUUUAAAAAAAAUCAGCACAUGUCAUUCUGACACCACAAGAAUUUUUGGCAGAUGUGAACAAAGACCAGAGAAUCACAUGGGAGAAACACAAGAAUUGCCACCCUCAGUUGGAUUAAAAUGCUCAUUUAAUCCAGUGUGGCUGCCCCAAUAAAUUGAAUGGUGGCAUGAAGGAGAAGGCUGUCCCCUUUUGCUUGUCUUUAGAAUCUGAUAUGUAAGGGUAAACUGCCUUUGGACAGGGAGGUUCUGCUUAUCUGCUGAGCUAAUAGCUGCUGAUAGGACUACCCUUCAGGGACCAUUGACACAAAUUCCAGCCUACUCUAUAAAAUUCUUUAUUGUGCAAACCAAUAUCUUGAGUUUCUUUAGACUCAGCCAAUGAUCAGUUUCAUUGGGUGUCACUGAUCCAUCCAAGGGAGAAAAUCUGCUCAUUUCUCCACCCUGUUCAUAAUUGUAUAAUGCUGCAUUGUUGCUUUCUCUCUCCAGGACACACACAUGCAGAGUUGUCAUCUUUUCUUUCUAACAGUAAAAGCCCCCAAAGUUUCAGCUUUUCCUUGUAGGAAAGUGCUCCAAAGGGGGUUGCCAACAGGCCUGGAAAACCUGUCCUGACCCUUGGAUCGAGGAUUCAUGUGUGAAAUGGACCGCUGAAACUUUUCAUGGCAUGAAGGUAAACAAAAUCAUCUGAUAAACAAGCCCAUUAAGCCUUUGAUAAAGGGGACAGAACUUUUUUUCUGAUCCAAGCAGUUGGCAACUCUAUCUCUAACCCUUCCACCAUUUUGAUUGCUGUUUUCAACACUUUGUCUAACUCUGUAAAGAGGAAAGAGUUUCAUCUUGAGCCUCUAGUGGUGUGCCUGAUCCUAUGCUAGGAUCAGGGAGAGAAAAGAACAGUUGCUACUCAUCCUGCUGAUCAUUACAGGCAGACCUGAUCUAUUUACACAUAUGCUAAUAAAACUGU